AACAGCGUCGUUCUCAAGCAUGAGCAAAGUAGGCGGCUCCGGCAGAGGGUUAUCAUAUUCCGGCAGACAGCGGCCGAAGAAUUUGCCACUUAUACGUACUAACCGGUUCCAGAAAAGUGGGAACAAAGAGGUGUACGAGACGAAGAACAUGGAGAACGCGUUUGUGAUGAGGGUAGACAUGCCUGGGUGUUCCGCGUCAAGCUUCGUCUACAGGGUCGAGGAGGGUAAGAACGUCCACUUCUCCGCCCACGAACUCGACAUGCCCGAGUACAGCCACGACGGACGCAAAUACGAAGGCACAUUAGUUUGCAAUCCAGCGGUUUUCGAGGUGAAGGAAGCUAAGGCUGAACUUGUCGAUGGAGUGAUGUGGCUCACCGUUCCCAAGAUUCCUAGAAAAGAGGAGCCCGAGCAUUAUGUCCUUCAGAAGAUGCUGAAGCUCAAGAUUACAAGCGACAUGUUUCGAUGA